CGCGGGUGUGUGUGCGCGUGUGCGCGUGUGCGCGUGUGUCCCCGACCUCCCUCUUCCCGGGCCGUGUGAUGUGUGUCUCCGGCGAUCGCGGCCGCUGGGCGGGCUGGAGGCGCGGCGGCGUUCGGGGACCAGGCGCAGCUUCCCCGUCGGCGCGCUGCCAAGUGCCCCCUUGUGUAUAUAUACCACAGCCUCUUGGCACACUCCUCUGCCAUCGGACAUUUGGGUUGUCGCUGCAUCCUCAGUGUUGUGCUCAGUGCCACAAUGAACACAGGAGCUAUGCCCGUUCCAGACCAGCCUUCCUCCGCUUCCGAGAAGACCAGCUCCUUGAGCCCUGGCUUAAAUACUUCCAAUGGUGAUGGCUCAGAAACAGAAACCACCUCUGCCAUCCUCGCCUCAGUCAAAGAACAGGAAUUACAGUUUGAAAGGCUGACUCGAGAGCUGGAGGCAGAACGCCAGAUCGUUGCCAGCCAGCUGGAGCGAUGCAAGCUGGGGUCCGAGACGGGCAGCAUGAGCAGCAUCAGUUCGGCAGAGGAACAAUUUCACUGGCAAUCACAAGAUGGUCAAAAAGAUAUCGAGGAUGAACUGACCACGGGGCUGGAGCUGGUGGACUCCUGUAUUCGAUCACUCCAGGAGUCAGGAAUACUGGACCCGCAGGACUAUUCAACAAGCGAAAGGCCCAGCCUCCUCUCCCAGAGUGCACUUCAGCUCAAUUCCAAACCUGAAGGGUCCUUCCAGUAUCCAGCCAGCUACCAUAGCAACCAGACCCUGGCCCUGGGGGAAACGGCCCCUACGCAGCUGCCCACCCGCGCCACGCAAGCUCGAGGAGCCGGGCAGAGCUUUAGCCAGGCCAGCAGCAGCCGCGCUGGGCACCUGGGGGGCGCCGAGCCUCCGCCGCCGCCGCCGCGGGAGCCGUUCGCGCCCAGCCUGGGCAGCGCCUUCCACCUGCCCGACGCGCCGCCCGCCGCCGCCGCGCUCUACUACGCCAGCUCCACGCUGCCCGCGCCCGCCCGCGGGGGGUCCCCGCUCAGCGCGCCCUCGGGGGGCUCGCCCACCAAGCUGCCGCGCGGGGCGCCCGCCCCCGACGGCGCCGCCUACCCCGCGCGCGGCUCCUCGCCCAAGCAGUCGCCCAGCCGCCUGGCCAAGUCCUACAGCACCAGCUCGCCCAUCAACAUCGUCGUGUCGUCGGCCGGCCUGUCCCCGAUCCGCGUGACCUCGCCCCCCACCGUGCAGUCCACCAUCUCCUCCUCGCCCAUCCACCAGCUGAGCUCCACCAUCGGCACCUACGCCACCCUGUCGCCCACCAAGCGCCUGGUGCACGCGUCCGAGCAGUACAAGCACUCGCAGGAGCUCUACGCCACCGCCACCCUGCAGAGGCCGGGCAGCCUGGCAGCUGGGUCCCGGGCGUCCUACAGCAGCCAGCACGGGCACCUGGGCCCCGAGCUGCGAGCUCUGCAGUCCCCGGAGCACCACAUAGACCCCAUCUAUGAAGACCGCAUCUACCAGAAGCCCCCUAUGAGGAGUCUGAGCCAGAGCCAGGGGGACCCUCUGCCGCCAGCUCACACCGGCACCUACCGCACGAGCACAGCCCCAUCUUCCCCUGGUGUCGACUCCGUCCCCUUGCAGCGCACCGGCAGCCAGCAUGGCCCACAGAACGCCCCCACGGCCACCUUCCAGAGAGCCAGCUACGCCGCCGGCCCGGCCUCCAACUACGCCGACCCCUACCGACAGCUGCAGUAUUGUCCUUCUGUUGAGUCUCCCUAUAGCAAAUCCGGCCCGGCCCUGCCCCCCGAAGGCACGCUGGCCAGAUCCCCGUCCAUCGACAGCAUCCAGAAAGAUCCCAGGGUUCCAAAGAGCAAGUCUAGAGAGGAACUCUGGCAGCAAUUUCAAAAAGAGGCACCUUUUUUGGAGUUUGGAUGGAGAGACCCCGAGCUGCCUGAGGUGAUUCAGAUGUUGCAACACCAGUUCCCUUCCGUCCAGUCGAACGCAGCCGCCUAUUUACAGCACCUCUGCUUCGGAGACAACAAAAUUAAAGCCGAGAUACGGAGACAAGGAGGCAUCCAGCUCCUGGUGGACCUGCUGGACCACCGGAUGACGGAAGUCCACCGUAGUGCCUGCGGCGCCCUGAGGAACCUGGUGUACGGGAAAGCCAACGACGAUAACAAGAUCGCCCUGAAGAACUGCGGCGGGAUCCCCGCGCUGGUGCGGCUCCUCCGCAAAACGACUGACCUGGAGAUCCGGGAGCUGGUCACAGGAGUCCUUUGGAACCUCUCUUCUUGCGAUGCCCUCAAAAUGCCGAUCAUCCAGGAUACCCUGGCUGUCUUGACCAACGCCGUGAUCAUCCCCCACUCGGGCUGGGAGGAUCCGCCUCUUCAGGACGAUAGGAAAAUCCAGCUACAUUCCUCCCAGGUGCUGCGGAAUGCCACUGGGUGCCUCAGGAAUGUCAGCUCAGCAGGAGAGGAGGCCCGCAGGAGGAUGCGGGAGUGCGAAGGACUUACGGACGCGCUGCUGUACGUGAUCCAGUCGGCGCUGGGGAGCAGCGAGAUCGAUAGCAAGACCGUUGAAAACUGUGUGUGCAUUUUAAGGAACCUCUCGUACCGGCUGGCAGCAGAAACGCCUCAGGGACAGCACACGGGCACGGAUGAGCUGGACGGGCUGCUGUGCGGGGAAGCCAACGGCAAGGACGCCGAGAGCUCCGGCUGCUGGGGCAAGAAGAAGAAGAAGAAGAAAUCGCAGGAUCAGUGGGAUGGAGUAGGACCACUUCCUGACUGUGCAGAACCACCAAAAGGGAUCCAGAUGCUGUGGCACCCAUCAAUAGUCAAACCCUACCUCACACUGCUCUCUGAGUGCUCAAAUGCAGACACGCUGGAAGGGGCGGCGGGCGCCCUGCAGAACUUGGCUGCAGGGAGCUGGAAGGGCUGGGCUGAGGAUGUGGCAGGCAUGGCGGAUGCCCUACGUUCCCUGCCAGACGGGGCUCCCUGCCUGCCGCAGUGGUCAGUCUAUAUCCGAGCGGCCGUCCGGAAAGAGAAAGGCCUGCCCAUCCUCGUGGAGCUGCUGCGAAUAGACAACGACCGUGUGGUGUGUGCGGUGGCCACAGCCCUCCGGAACAUGGCCCUGGACGUGAGGAAUAAGGAACUCAUCGGCAAAUACGCCAUGAGAGACCUCGUGCACCGGCUCCCGGGCGGCAACAACAGCAACAACGCGGGGAGCAAGGCCAUGUCGGAUGACACGGUGACGGCCGUGUGCUGCACCCUGCACGAAGUCAUCACCAAGAACAUGGAGAACGCCAAGGCCUUACGGGAUGCGGGCGGCAUCGAGAAGCUGGUUGGCAUCUCCAAGAGCAAAGGAGACAAACACUCUCCCAAAGUGGUCAAGGCUGCAUCUCAGGUCCUCAACAGCAUGUGGCAGUACCGAGAUCUGAGGAGUCUCUACAAAAAGGAUGGAUGGUCCCAAUACCACUUCGUAGCCUCAUCGUCCACCAUCGAGAGGGACCGGCAAAGACCCUACUCGUCCUCUCGCACACCGUCCAUCUCCCCCGUGCGCGUCUCUCCCAACAACCGCUCAGCAAGUGCCCCAGCCUCACCUCGGGAAAUGAUCAGCCUCAAAGAGAGGAAGACAGACUACGAGUCCACCGGCAACAACGCCGCCUACCACACAGCCAAGGGGGAGCACACGUCCAGGAAGGACGCGGCGACAGCUCAAAACACUGGAAUUUCCACCUUGUAUAGGAAUUCAUAUGGUGCACCCGCAGAGGACAUCAAACACAACCAGGUGUCUGCGCAGCCCGCCCCGCAGGAGCCCGGCAGGAAAGACUACGAGACCUACCAGCCUUUUCAGAACUCCACGAGAAACUACGACGAGUCCUUCUUCGAGGACCAGGUCCACCACCGUCCUCCGGCCAGCGAGUACACCAUGCACCUGGGGCUCAAGUCCACGGGCAACUACGUGGACUUCUACUCUGCCGCCCGUCCCUACAGCGAACUGAACUAUGAGACCAGCCACUACCCCGCCUCCCCCGACUCCUGGGUGUGAGGGCGCCCGGCCCGAGCAUGUGCAUGCAUCUCCCACGAGACAUGGCGUUUCUUUGUUUUCUUCUCAUUUUACUUUUCUUCCCCCCACCCCCAACCCCCUGCAAAUUUAGUUUGUUGAAAGCCUGUUUCCGUAGGAAGGCCGUGGUCAGCAGGGAGGACCUCUCCGGAGCUCUCUUAGAAAGCUAAAUGACCCGAACCUGGAAGGCCGGACACCCAAGGCGGCCCGAACCAGGACCCGGCGCCCCUGUCCUGCGUCCGAGCAGACGUGCCCGCGUGGACCGUGGCCCAGGGCAGCAGAGACAAGACGGCAACAAGGGGGGGGGGCGUGUGGGGAGCCCCGCGGUGGGGCAGCUUCUCGCACACACUCUCGGGAACGGCUUCUCACGCUUUGUUUACUCUCUCCAUCUGUCGUGAUUCUAGGGUUCCAGUGCAUCGGGGUUCCUCUGUACAGCGAGGUGUUUCUUGCCUUUUGUUAAUGCAUUGUUGUAAAGUAUUUGAUGUACAUUACAGAUUAAAGAAGAAAAGUGCAUUGUGUAUAUUACACAAAUGCCCAAGUGUUCCUCAUCUAUGGUUCUGAAUAUUGCUUCAAUUUCAAACUUUUGAAAGAUGUAUGGAUUUCCAGUUUUUUCCUUUUUUCUUUCCUUUCCUCCUGGUAUGUUUUAACAAAAAAAAAUGGGGAAAAAAAGGAAUAUUUAGCAGUAUUGUUCGUUCUGAUAUGUGAAUUUGUUUGUGGCAACUAAGCAAGGCAUUCAGCAGUUUCUGACAAUUAACAUCCAUCAUUCCACACUCCGUGUCAACAAAGUGCUUUUUCACUGCCUAAAAUUUUAGAUGUAGAUAUUUGAAAUAGAUUUUUUCAUUUAUACCAGUUUUCUUUAUGAUGAUACAGUGUUAAAAGAAAAUAAAUUACAAUUGAUCUGUCA